UUUGUCCCUCCACGGACCCCGUUUCUCUCGGACUCAGCCCUCAGCAGCUUCCCCGCCCGUUUUCUCUUUCCGGCGCUCGGCGCGCGAGAGGCAAGUCGGGACUCCUAGGCAGCGAUCCACGGAGCCACCCGGGCACUCACCGGAGGACCCCGGGCACUACCGUUCCCCAGCCGGGCAGCGCGGGCGCCAUGAACAGCGUAGCAGGACUGAAUACGGAGAAGGUAUCGGGUCUGCUUCAGAAACUGAAUUCCGACCCUCAGUUCGUACUCGCCCAGAAUGUUGGGACCACCCACGACCUGCUGGACAUCUGUCUGAAGAGGGCCACGGUACAGGGCAGUCAGUAUGUGUUCCAGCAUGUUGUACCUCAGGAAGGCAAGCCGGUCACCAACCAGAAGUUCUCAGGGCGAUGCUGGAUCUUUUCUUCUCUAAAUGUUAUGAGACUUCCAUUCAUGAAAAAAUUAAAUAUUGAAGAAUUUGAGUUUAGUCAAUCAUACCUCUUUUUCUGGGACAAGGUUGAACGCUGUUACUACUUCUUAAAUGCUUUUGUGGACACAGCCCAGAAAAAGGAGCCCGAGGACGGAAGGCUGGUGCAGUAUUUACUCUCAAAUCCUGCAAAUGAUGGGGGACAAUGGGAUAUGCUUGUCAAUAUUGUUGAAAAAUAUGGUCUUCUUCCUAAGAAGUGCUUCCCUGAAUCUCAUACAACAGAGGCGACCAGAAGGAUGAAUGAUAUUCUGAAUCACAAGUUGAGAGAAUUCUGUAUACGCCUGCGGAACCUGGUCCACAGCGGAGCGACCAAAGGAGAAAUCUCAGACGUGCAGGAUGUCAUGAUGGAGGAGAUAUUCCGAGUGGUGUGUAUCUGUUUGGGUAACCCACCGGAGACGUUCACCUGGGAGUAUCGAGACAAAGAUAAAAAUUAUCACAAGAUUGGCCCCAUAACUCCCUUGGAGUUUUACCGGGACCACGUCAAGCCUCUCUUCAAUAUGGAGGAUAAGAUUUGUUUCGUGAAUGACCCUCGGCCCCAGCACAAGUACAACAAACUCUACACGGUGGAAUACCUAGGCAAUAUGGUUGGAGGGAGAAAAACUCUCUAUAACAACCAACCCGUUGACUUCUUGAAGAAGAUGGUGGCUGCCUCCAUCAAAGAUGGAGAGGCUGUAUGGUUUGGCUGUGAUAUUGGAAAACACUUCAACGGCAAGCUGGGCCUCAGUGACAUGAAUGUCUAUGACUAUGAGUUAGUGUUUGGUAUCUCCAUGAAGAACAUGAAUAAAGCAGAGAGGCUGACUUUUGGUGAUUCACUCAUGACCCAUGCCAUGGCCUUCACUGCAGUCUCAGAGAAGGAUGAUCAGGAUGGCGCAUUCGUGAAAUGGAGAGUGGAGAAUUCGUGGGGUGAAGACCAUGGCCAAAAAGGUUACCUGUGCAUAACCGAUGAGUGGUUCUCUGAAUAUGUCUAUGAAGUGGUGGUGGACAAGAAGCAUGUUCCCGAAGAGGUGCUAGCUGUGUUCGAGCAGGAAGCCAUUGUCCUGCCAGCCUGGGACCCCAUGGGGGCUUUGGCCAAGUGAUAGCCUCCAGUUCUUUCCUCCUCCCGUGGAACCUGAAGUCGCUGCAAAGGACAGAUCCAGGAACUGAAGCCAAAGUUACACAUGCGACUGUGUGUUCCCACAGGACACAGUCAGACUCUUGGAUUUCUCCUCCAGGAACCUCUCGGGGAAGUGUGCUUUAUGUCAAAACAAAAUAUUCUUAAAGAAAAUAAAAGGGAAAGAUCAGGUCACAUUAUCUAUUCUCCUCACCUCCAACAGCUCAGGAUCUCUUAGCGUUUUAAUCAGAUGUAAUUGUGUGUCUCAACUCUGUCAAAAAGGUGUGGUCCGGUGUCUGCUUUAAUAAGACAGGAGGGGAUGAGCAAUCGAGGAGUGUGGAAAGAAAAUGGACCUAAUGCUCCUUGUUCCUAGAGUAGCGUUGGGGGAGGGUUGCCCUAAGAUUCGAGCUCUCCAAGCUGCAUGCUGCCUGACAGUCCGCUGCCCUUCCGGAUGGCAGUCGCUGAAUUCGGUUUUUCCCAGGUGAGUUCGUGUGCCUCUCACCGCCCAGGAGUGGGAGGUCGAUCAGUUCCAACCCGAUUUCUUCCUGUCGUUCUGAACUGGCGGGGAGCACAGCUGUGCUUGAGUUGGGGUUAAGUAGACACUUAGAGAAACUUGAGUGAGAGAACAGCCAAAACCUUAUCAUGAUCUGAAUUAUAAUUAUUAGGAGACGCUCUGGCCAAAUGGUUUAAUUUCUGCCUCUGGAAUUGGGAGUUGGGUGGGCAGGAAAAAGUGAUACCCAUUCUUUCUGACAACUAGAUGGUGCUGAGAAGCUUUUAAAUAAAACACUUUGCUAAAUGAGA